AUGACGGCUGCGAGACGUGGUGUCCGUGACACCGCACGCCUACAGGUCGCUGCGGGUAGGCUACCAGAGCUCUACUGGGACGCCAUCCUGCUCGCCGAAAGCGAGUUCCUCGUGGAGGGCCACGCCGACUACGGAGCAUUCCAGCGGCACGUGGUCGCCAAGGUCGGGCAGGCGAUCACUAUCAACGACAGAGCGCUCAAGCCCCAGCGCACGCACUUGGCGCCCGGUGCUUCGCCGGGAACGCUCUGGCGCCACAUCGGCGCCGUUUACUCCCUCAUUUACUAUCCGGACUGGUUCCCCGCGCCUCUGUGGUGCAAAUGCAAUCUGACCCACCUCCAGGUCACACUCCCGUACGACAUAUCACGUGUGGCCAAACCGCUGUUGAUGUCUUUGCUAGAGUAUGCAUCCACUCUCAACUUGGUAUGGUUGCGGCUCUAUGUGCGACGAGAUGUGGUAGGUAUCAAAGCUUUGCUGCGCAACCUAAACUGGCUGGGAGGCCAUAUCGUCCCGAACGAGGACCGUGCGCGUGCCCUCGAUACCCUCAGCCUUGUGGAAGGUGCCAUGUUUGCCGACGACAAGUACAUUGUUCUGGAAUUCGAGUGCUGA